AUGAAUUGGACGGGAGGGCAACUACGUCGACAUUCUGCUCGCCAGGGCAUUCUGUCCAAGACUCAGAAGCAGAACUUUGCCGAGUCGCGGCAGCAAGCCAGCAACAGAGUGCCUCGCCAACCCUCGACCUUUGGCGGGGUUCCAGACCCGGAUUAUGGCGAUGAUGAUAGGCUGGGUGAUGAGGCGGCCUGCAGGGAUGGGCAGACGAUGGAGGAAGAAGCGCAAAACCAGUCAGUCGUACUGUCAACUGCUCAUCACCGUUGGCUGCGGCCUGCCCUCUGCACAAAUUCCUCCUCAUCCGUCAGACUUUCUUAUCCUCGGGUCGUUGCACUGACCCUGAACCCUUCACGGGUUUCCAGCACUACAUCCCCGCGUCUGUCUCUAUUGGCCGGGUCUAUUCCCGCUGACAGCGCUGGACAUUUGGAUACCUUGAAGCGUCGACUCCUCCAAGACCCCGACUGGGCAGCAGUCGCCGCAACACGUCCGCUUGAGGUCACAUUCGCCUCAGCUCAAGAGGCGGAGCACUUUGGAAAGCGACGCAGGUUAACAGAAACAGAUCGAAAGCGUUUGUCAGCUACUCAUGGGAAUCAAACGACACUUGCAUUUCCCAAGUCCCUUUACUGGAGAGAGAAUGAGAAUGCCUUGGACCAAAUUCAAAUCAGAAUCACCGGCCAGCCUGGCAGCCAACACUUACAACAUGGUCAAGGUCUACGGACACCUCCGGACAGACACGCCAGUCGUGACCUCUCACAGAGCCCAGAACUACCCAGGCCCAGACUCUCAGCUAAUGCUCGAUACAGCACACACCUGAGGUCGGACCCCUCCACCCCCGGGGCCCGUCCUUCUAUAAUGCCACCCAUCCCGCACAGGUCACACUUCACGGUCGAAGGUCAAGUACUCCAAGAACAAAUGGCCCGCGGCCUGCACCUUCAAUCACCACAACGGCACCAGCGUGAACCUUCUUGUAGUCCCACGGAACCACUACCUGCUUCGCCCACUCUCGUCGCUACUGACUCUUUAUCAACCAACGGGACCGGAACCCAAAGCUGGCUUCCGCAACCCACCCCGCGCACGUUCCCAAGUAGUCCCCUCAUGCCUCGUGCUGGAGCUGUUAACAUCCCCGCAAUGGCAUCUCAUGUACCCUACCAAAGUCAAGAUUCGUCCGAUCCAUUCGCUCGUCGCCCCGAGGGAAGUAAUCCCAUCGUACCUGUGAGGAUAUUCGGGCAGUUUGUUCGAAGGCGCAGCACUGGCGAGGCAGAUUGA